AUGGCUUUCUCAAGGAAGGCCAGAGCAUCUAAGAACAGCAAAUUCAAAUCCUCCACUACCGUUCCCGUUGUUGCUACUGAGCUUUCCAUCCCUGAUCAAUUUCGAUGCCCGAUUUCACUCGAUCUCAUGAAAGACCCCGUGACAGCGCCGACCGGCAUCACCUACGAUCGACAGAGCAUUGAGAGAUGGCUUGAAAUGGGGAACUCCACUUGUCCUGUCACAAACCUUGCUCUCAAUUGCCAUGGCCUCAUCCCCAAUCACACAAUUCGCAGGUUGAUUCAGGAUUGGUGUGUUUCAAAUCGAUCCCAUGGAGUUGAGAGAAUCCCAACCCCUCGAAUUCCUAUUAGCCAAGUUGAUGCCUUUCAGAUCUUAUCAGAUUUCUCCGUAGCCAUUAAGCUUCAAGAUGAAGAACUUGGUUUGGAAUUAGUCAGAAAACUAAGAUCUUUGAUAAAAGAGAGUGAGCGAAAUCGUCGAUCUUUCUUAUCAAUUGGCGCACCAAUUGAGUUGGCUUCUACAUUUAGAGCGUGUAAUCCUGAAGCUCUUGUAGUCUUAGGAGAAAUCUUAACCACAUUAGUAUGUCUACUUCCUUUCGAAGAUGAGAUCACAAUGCGAGAAUUAGGUACUUCAGAGUCAUUGAGUUCAAUUGUGCAAAUCAUGAAGCAUGGAGAUAUUAGCAGCAGGCUUAACUCUGUGCUAAUGUUGAAGAAGAUGGCGUCGACAAAAGAAGACCAUGCAAAGGCAUUGGCAAACCAUGUUUCUCUUAUUGAAGCAUUGACAGGGUUCAUUAAAGAGCCUAUUUCGACACAGGCAACCAAGGCCUCCCUUGCAGCAAUAUUCUACCUCAUCUCCGACGAUGAAAAAAUAGCAAAAAAAUGUGUUGAUUUGGGUCUACUUCAUUCCACAUUAGAAAUUCUGGUGGACUCAGAUAAGAACAUGACUGAGAAGGCACUUGUCAUUCUCGACACGCUCUGCAACUGCAAGUUAGGGAGAGAGAAGGCGUGCAAGCACGCGCUUACGAUACCGGUGCUCGCGAAGAAGAUGUUUCGAGUUUCAGAUAUGGCGACCGAAUUUGCGGUUUCUGUAUUGUGGAAGGUUUGCAAGAACUGUAAAGAGAGUAAUUGUCUGGUGGAAUGCUUGCAAGUAGGGGUGUUUCAGAAGAUGCUGUUGCUCCUGCAAGUUGGGUGCAGUGAAUCGACAAAGGAGAAGGCCAGUGAGAUGCUCAAGUUGAUGAGCUCAUUCAGUGGGAAAUUUGAGUGCGUUGAUACAAUGGAUUUUAAAGGACUGAAUAGGAUUUCUUGA